AUGGAGCUUGAUCCUUCUUUCCGCGCUGCUUCCGCCAACGGAGGCCCCUCCAACGGCCAGAUGUCUUUCGCCAACGGCACUCCCCCUUCCGGUGACAUGUCUGCCCCUCCUCCCACCGGCUCUUCUCAGGACCAGGCCAAGACCACCCUGUGGAUGGGUGAGCUCGAGCCUUGGAUGGACGAGAACUUCAUCAAGGGUGUCUUCCUUUCCGCCGCUGGUGAGGGAGUCAACGUCAAGGUGAUUCGCGACAAGAACUCUGGCAAUGCGGGAUACUGCUUCGUGGAGUUCCAGACUGCCGACGCUGCUACCAAGGCCCUCGGCCUUAACGGCAACCCCGUCCCGAACAGCUCUCGCCAGUUCAAGCUCAAUUGGGCUUCCGGCGGUGGAUUGGUGGACCGCAGAGACGAUCGUGGCCCCGAGUAUAGCAUCUUCGUCGGCGACCUCGGCCCCGAAGUCAACGAAUAUGUCUUGGUCUCGCUCUUCCAGGCUCGUUUCCCCUCCUGCAAGUCUGCUAAGAUCAUGACGGAUGCCAUGUCGGGCCAGAGCCGCGGCUACGGCUUUGUCCGCUUCUCCGACGAGAAUGACCAGCAGCGGGCCCUCGUCGAGAUGCAAGGUGUCUACUGUGGAAACCGACCCAUGCGCAUCUCUACUGCUACCCCUAAGAACCGCGGUAACCACGGCUUCGGACACGGCCACCACGGCGGCCCCAUGAUGGGCGGCGGCAUGCCUCAGCAGCCCAUGUGGAACGGCAUGCAGGGUGGCUUCGCCUACGGCGGCUACAACCCGGCUACGCAGAUGAACCAGUUCACCGACCCGAACAACACGACCGUCUUUGUCGGUGGCCUCUCCGGCUACGUCACCGAGGACGAGCUCCGCUCCUUUUUCCAGGGAUUUGGUGAAAUCACCUACGUCAAGAUUCCUCCUGGCAAGGGCUGCGGCUUUGUACAGUUUGUCCACCGCCAUGCUGCUGAGAUGGCCAUCAACCAGAUGCAGGGCUACCCCAUUGGAAACUCGCGCGUCCGCCUGAGCUGGGGCCGCUCGCAGAACAACUCCGGCGUUGGUACCCCCUACCGCCCUGCUCCUCCUCCUCCUCACUACAUGGGAAUGCCUAGCCACGGUGGUCCUGGUCCUUACGGACCUCAGCACUUUGGCGGUCCUGCUCCCGGUCAGGGUCCUGCCGGUCCUGCCGGCCCCCCUGGACCUGCUGGCCCUCCCCAGAACUUUUAA